UGACGUUCUAGUGCGUUAGUCCACGAUCGAACAUCGACGCGUCGACAUCUCUUUACAAUUCGCGCGUGUCGUGUCGUCAUAACAUUCGUGCGCUAUCUUUUAUGAAUUUUAUUUCAUACGUUUGUGGAUUUCUUUACAUUUUUUCGCGAUCUCGCUCUGACACAUCGCUGUACAUCAUUUCCCCGCAAUCAAUUCUCAGUACAUCACUCGUUACGCUCAAAAAAAAGGAAUAUUCAACGGAAAAUAUCGAAAAUAAUCGAAGUUGGAAGUGAAAUCUUUUUUAUAUCGAGGAUAGAUUAUUUUAGAGAAUCUCGCUUUCUCUUGUGAGACUUUCGGUAAAUUAGCUUGAUGUGUUGUGCGUUAGUCGAUUCCGCGAGCGGAACAAAGUGCAUGUGAUUUUCGGCCGCGUGCCGAAAGUCAAGUUUCAAGUACUACGUGUUCUUGUGUAGAAAUAAUCCCGGAACUGCAUUGUACGAUAAUAAUCAAGCGUACUUUAUAUUUAAUAGAAAUCAAAUCGAAUUGUAGUGUGAGGGAAAUUUGUUUUCGCUGCUCCUGCGCAUUGUUGCACCUGCUUGCGUGUGUGCAUAGCAUCAAGGUUGAGGACGCAGCGGAAAGAAGUUGAAGAUUACGAGGAGAUGUGGCCUCGCUGUUGGAGCUGAGACCGCCGCGUCGGCUGCGAAAAUUCGUGGGCCCGCAUCCGAAAUCGAUCACGAAAAAGUAAGGAUCAUUCGUGUCAGGAUCAUCCCGCGUUAUCAUCCUCGUGUCCUUCGAGAGACACUGUGUCGAAUCGAGCCGAGGCUAAGCAAAAAUAAAAACAAAUAUCAAAAAUCGAACAACGGAGGGAGAAACGUUUAACGAAGAAGGCAAAGCCGUGAUCAAGAGUGAAAGAGGAAGAGAGAGAAGGAAAAAUAAAAGAAACGUUUAAAAAAAGAAAGCGCGCGUACACGAUUGUAACAUCGAGAAGAGAGCAGCUUUUCGUUUCUUAAAUGAAAAGAGGGAAAGUCGGAGAAAGACGUCGUUAAAAUCCAACUUUCGGUAUACGCAUUGUUAGUUUUUGUUCUUGUUUUCAUUUUACGCUAUUUUUUCGUAAAGCUUUAAGAAAAAAAAUUGACACGCGCGUGCUUCUAUAACUUGUGUGUAACGUAAAAUCAAAUCGUGAUACUCGACCGACGAUACAACGUAAUAAGAAACGAGCAAAAAAAGAUAGAUUGUACACAUACGUGAUAGUAGUACGCAAUCGAGAGGGGCGCCGAAAAUCGGUAGUCGAAAACGAAAAAAUGGCCAUGAUCCCGAUAUGCUCCGUUUUGAUGUUUCGUCCUCUGGUGCACGCUGCGUUCUUCACGUUCCUCGUCGUUCUUCCGAGUUCUGCUAUCGCGGAUAACACGGGCACGAUGAAACCGCCCCCAUGCUCAAGUGAGAUAUACUGCCACGGCGAGCUGCUGCACACGAUACAGAUGGCUGGUAUAUACAAGGAUUCCAAGUACUUUGUCGACAUGAAAAUGAAACAGCCGGCGAACGAGACGCUGGCGUCGUUCCGGGCGUUCAUGCGGAGCGUGAACAAUACGCCGAACAAGCACCAGGUGGAAAAAUUCGUCAACGAUACGUUCGAGAUGCCCGGUUACGAGUUCGAAGACUGGGAUCCGUCCGACUGGACGGCCACACCCAAGUUCCUACAGAACAUCGAGGACGACGAGCUACGGAAGUUCGGCUCCGAUCUCAAUCACAUUUGGAAGCUACUGGGCAGAAAAAUGCGGGAUGACGUGAAGAUCAAUGAGGACCUCUACUCGAUCAUCUACGUGCCGAAUCCGGUAAUCGUGCCCGGCGGACGAUUCCGCGAGUUCUACUAUUGGGACUCGUACUGGAUCAUCAAGGGCCUGCUGCUGUCCGAGAUGUAUACCACCGUUAAGGGCAUGCUGAAUAAUUUUGUCUCGAUAGUGGAUAAGAUUGGUUUUAUACCGAACGGCGGUAGAGUCUACUACAAGAUGCGUUCGCAUCCGCCGCUAUUGAUAUCCAUGGUGGACGAGUAUCUGAAGACAGUCCACGACGAAGCUUGGUUGAAGGAGAAUCUCUGGUUAUUGGAGAAAGAAUUUGACUUCUGGAUGACCAAUCGGACCGUGGAUAUUGAAAAGGACGGGAUCAACUAUACGCUCGCUAGAUACUACGAGGAAUCAUCGGGUCCUCGACCGGAAUCCUAUAAGGAGGACUAUCUGACAAGCCAAAUUUUUCGAACCACCGAAGAGAAGGACAAUUAUUAUGCAGAAUUAAAAACGGCAGCUGAGUCCGGAUGGGAUUUUUCCAGUCGAUGGUUCGUACACGAGGGUACCAACAAGGGUAAUCUGACAAAUCUCAAGACCAGAUACAUAAUCCCGGUCGAUCUGAAUGCCAUAAUAUACCGAAAUGCUGUACUGCUGGCGCAGUACAAUCGUCAAAUGGGUAACGAAACGAAGGCCGCGUAUUACGAUGACGUGGCCAAGAAAUGGAAAGAAGCGAUCAGGGUAUUGUUGUGGCACGAAGAAGUGGGUGUUUGGUUGGAUUACGAUAUUCUAAAUGAUAUUAAGCGGGACUACUUCUAUCCGACCAACAUUUUGCCGCUCUGGACAGACUGUUACGACACUUCGAAGAGAGCCGAAUAUGUGCCGAAGGUGCUCAAAUAUCUUGAAAAGAAUCAAAUUAUGUUGAAUCACGGCGGCAUACCGACGACAUUGGAACACUCUGGCGAACAAUGGGAUUAUCCCAAUGCCUGGCCUCCUCUCCAGUAUUUCUUCAUCAUGUCGUUGAACAACACGGGCGACCCAUGGGCACAGAGAUUGGCUUACGAGGUUAGCCAGAGAUGGGUCCGUAGCAAUUACAAGGCUUUCAACGAGACACAUUGCAUGUAUGAAAAGUACGACGCGAUCGUCUCGGGUGGUCACGGUAGUGGAGGUGAGUACGAAGUACAACUUGGUUUCGGCUGGUCAAAUGGAGUCGUUAUGGUAUUGCUGGAUAAGUAUGGUGACAGGUUGACCGCGGAGGAUUACUUCAUGUCAAACGCCGUGGUCGAGAAUGCGGCACCACCGCCAGUUGUUUCGACAGCUGGUCAAAUGCUGACCGGGAUUUUAGCUCUCAUAAUAUCGUUAGCAGCAGGAUUUAUAGGGUUGGUCAUGUACAAGAGACGACAUUAUUACGUACCAGGUCCAUCAACAAUGCCGAAUCAGAGAAAUGUGUUAUCGAGCGGUAGCAAUCUGUAUCGGAAGCGGAUUGCGUACACUGAGUUAAAGGAUAUGAAUAACGAUUGAUGACCGCUCAUUAUCUAGACCGAAUAUCGAUUCGUUACAUGACUAGUAAAAGAAAAAGAUACGCGCACAUGUGUAAGAGAAGAAAGAAGAAGAGAUCAGCAGGAAGUUGAGACACAGCGUCAGGAUAGAACUGAAAUGAAGUCAGGAUGAAGAGAUGUUUCUAAAUGUCAGAUGCUGAAGAAUAUACUUGUAAGAGAAGAAUAAUGAAAUUGACUGACGCGGAGUAUUAAACGGAGAUGGAAGAAUGGUCUAUUAAAAAAAUAUCUAAUAAAAGGAAGGCAUUUCAAGAUGGAAUGACAUGAUACCGUUCAACAGGAUUUUCCAGUUUGCGAAAUCGAAUAGCGACAGGAUUGACAUUGAUCGCGCAGGAUUCUGGAAACAGAAGAGAAUUUGAGAAUUGAUUCUGAUUGUUGCUUCUGUUUGACUUAAUAAAAGAUUGAGAUGAGAAAGAAGCAAAAGAUUUAUAUAUAAUGUAAGAAUUAGAAUAAAGAGAAUGCGUGUGACGGUCUACUCCAGCGAUAGAAAAAUAUAGUUUUAAUUUAGUGAAAUAUUAGGUAAAAUAGAAUGGAGUUUCGUAAGUUAUUUAUUGAAUCAAGAUGAAAGAUACAAUUGUGCAGGAACUUUAUAUACCGAAGCUCUUUAAAACAGGAUUCGUUCAGGAAGACUCUUGUGAACACAUUGUUAGUUUUGAUAUUACAUUUGAUAUACUAUUCUCCGAGCUAAUUUUAAGAUUAUUAAGAUUAUCUCUAAAAACAAUUUUCAAAUAAUUGAUACAUUAAACGACCACUUAAGCGUAAAGUUAAACCCUAUGGUGCCAUCUAACGAUGUAAUUAUGUACGGAAAUUAAUUCUCUGUACAAUGUUAAAUAUAUUCAAGUAACUUUCUCCCGCGAUAUGAGCAAGUAUGUGAAUAUCAACAUUAUAGUGAUUUAUGAGAAGCGCUUUUAUAGUAAUAAAUCAAUUGAUAAAAAAACGAAGACUCGUGGACUCUAUUUACGAAUACGGAUAAUUAUGCACGUGAGAUGCAAGAAUGACAUAUAUGUGGUUUAUACAAUGUACGUCAGAUGUAUCAGAAUAAUACAAAAUUAUACGUAUAAAUAAGUGUGCGUGCGUGCGUGCGUGCGUGUAAAAUUUAGCUAAAUGUAAAUAGUAAAUAAUUGACGAUAUUAUAAAUAAAUUAUUGAGGAUGUUGUAUUUUUGCUGAUAUUUUUAUAAGUGAACGAGUGCGUUUAUCUCGUAUUAUCAAUUUACGGAUGUUCAUUUGUUAAAAAAGCGAUACGCCGUGUAUGACAAUGUUAAAAUGACUUCACAAUGUAUAAGAGGUAGAAAGUUCCUUUGCCAAUCUUAUGACAGAGCUUUCAUGCGCUCAAUUAGUUUUAUUUGCUAAUUCUAACAAUCCUAUGCUUUAUCGUGGUAUUUAUAUUUUGUUCAGCGUAAAGUAAGCCUACUAAAUAGAGAAUUAUUUUAAAUAGUUGUCAGAAGAGUUACGAGUGUACAUUUUAUUGCAUCUAUAUAAUAAAUUUAUAUAAAUAGUAAA